UGUUAAACCACACUAUUGUUGUAGAUAACGAUCAUUAUUUUUUUGUAUCAUAAUUUUUCUCUCGGUUAUACGAUGGGAUUUUCUAGACUUUUUGUAUGCUUUAGGAAGCCUAAAACCACCUACAGUUCCAAAAUGAUCAAGCUUAAAUCCUUAAGAGAUGGACUUCUGGAGAAAAGAGAGUCGCUCCAGGAUCGAUUAUCAAAAUUCAAUGAUAUGUGUCUAAAAUACGUUAAAGAAAACGAUAGAACCAACGCGCUCUUUGUUCUUAAGAGAAAAGCUCUGGUUUCAAAGCAACUUUCAAUCCUCGAUGAACUAUGCUUCAAAAUAUUACAACUCAUUUCCGAUACUGAAUCCGCAAAUUUCCAAGUUGAGUCAAUUCGUAAUUUGGAGAUUGGCAAUAAAUUACUUUCUGAAAUAAGUAAGGAGUUGAAUAGGAAAGACUUCGACUCGUUUAUGGAGUCUGAUAAGCGUAAUUUGGAAGAAAUUUCUGAGAGAUUGGGCAUGAUAACUCGUAGUUACGAGAUCGAUGAUCUUGAACUUGUCCAGGAGCUCGACUUUCUCACUAAUGACAUGAACUCAAUGAACUUUGAUCAUAACUACCCUCAAAUUAAUGAAGAUGACCAACAAAGCUUCGAUUUGGACCUCAGUAAACUAAAGUCUGUUUCCAGCGAAAACACCUACACUAACAGGGAUUUCUUCACCUCCAAACCUACACAAAUUAUGGCCUGAUCUUUUUAAUUUAACAUUAAAAUGAUUUUUAUUGUGUUAAUUAUUAAUUUAAUUGCUCCAGUUU